GCAAAGAGCGCUAUGCCUUUGCUUGACGAUGAUGUCACUUUGUCCUCGACCACAGGGGGUGCCAAAAGCAUUGCGCACGCUGGUCAAGCUAGUCAGCCAGCACAGGCCCAGACCCAGAGUCAGAGUUCUCUUGCCCGAGUUGCACUUGGAAAGGGGACUACUCCAGCAGUUGCCUCUGCACGCCUGAGUGCCAAAACAUUGAAGGAGUUCACAUCUGUCAAGAGCCUCAUUGAGAAGGCUGUGGAUGAAGCAACGAAGUUGCUCUCUAAGAUGUCAGACUACUAUGAUUCAGAGGCUGCUAAGAAGGAUGACCUGAGCUACAAGGAAAUCCAAAAGCGGUAUGACAUAGUGGUAGAAAUCAGAGAUGGAGAUGCCACUCACUCUUCUGCAGGGGAUGCAGAGCUUCUUGAAGCUGUUGAGGCUGACGAGUAUUUGCGGGAACUGAGCUUUGUUCAGCUGAACGUGAUGAACGUCCGGAGCCUCACCUACUUGCGAAGUGUAAUGGCGCCAUGCCAGCCGACCAACGAGGGUGUGCUGGCAGUUUUCGAGAGGCAAAUUGAGGUUUUGCGGUUCAUGAGGAAGACAUCUUGCAGUCAGUUCAUCGCUCUGCAAAAUGCAAUGGCGAAGGCAAGGAAAGAUGAAGCCAAGCUGCUUGAGAGGCAAGCUGAGAAGGACAGGAAAGCAGCCGAAGCACAAAAGAAGAGAGAAGAAAAGAAAAGGCAGAAGGAGGAACAGAAACAAUUGGCCAAGGAGAAGCUCGCAAGGGAGAACGCAGAGCAAAUCCCUGAGGAGCCGGGGCCGGAGGGCAAGGGAAGAAGGCGAGGUAGAGGGCCAGGUGCUGGCAAGCUUCAGGAAGCUGAUGUUCCAAUUCUCCGAGAGAAGUUUCCUGCUGCCCUGUCCAUCGAGAUCACAGCUGAAGUUGAUGUGUUUGCCCAACGUCUGCUUGCAGACCAGGGCAAGGUUCCCACUAUGGCGAGAUUGAAGAAGGGGCCUAUGAAAAAGAUUCUGAAGGCUUCCCAAGCUGUGCCUCAAGGCACCCUCAGCUCCCACUGCAAACACAUUGCAGGACAAAUCGCUGACUUCAAGGAUGAUGUCGAGAAAGCGAGCGCGCAGGCACAUGGAAGGAAAAGCAGACUCACCAAGACAGUAGAAGGCCCAGGUGAUUUGUUGGCUAUGGAUCUGAUGCUGCGGCGUGUUUUGGAGCAAGCUGACCCGCAGUGUAGUUCAUUGCCCGUCAUUCUGGAUCGUGGCGAGCUUGGAUUGGCA